AAAGAAAAAAGAAGAUGAAGAUUAAUUUCUGCUUAUUGUCAAAUAAUUAUUAGUACUGAAAACAUUUGAACUUACUGAAAUGACUUUGUGCCGGAAGCAUACAUACGAAUUCUUAAUUGUGGGGAUUCACCUUCUUCCUAAUAGUAUUAGCAAAAGCGGAAAGUCAAAGAAAUCUCUCGCCCUCUCAGGCUAAGAAAGAGGGUCGAGCAGGGGGGCUAGUGCGGUUGGACAACACUCUCUCUCCCGUUUUAAUGGAAGAGGGAGUGACAUGGAUUCACUCUAUCCUGUACCUCGUACUUGUGUGCUCGGCUGUACACCUACUCGACACGCAUCUUGUCUCCCCAAAACUCAGCAUAAACCAUCAGAAUGUGCGAAUUAAGAAAGCGCCAUCAACCCCUCUGCGUUUUCGUUCCGACGGCACUUUCAAAAUCCUCCAAGUGGCGGAUAUGCAUUUCGGGAAUGGGAAGUUGACUCCAUGUAGGGAUGUGUUGGAGAGUGAGUUUGUUGGCUGUUCUGACCUCAACACUACCAGGUUUCUUGAGAGGAUGAUUCAGUUGGAAAAACCUGAUUUUGUUGCUUUUACUGGAGACAACAUUUUCGGGUCAACUGCUAAUGAUGCUGCCGAAUCCCUGUUACAAGCUUUUGGCCCAGUUAUGAAAUCAGGAAUCCCUUGGGCAGCUAUUUUAGGGAACCAUGACCAAGAAUCUACAAUGACUCGUGAAGAGUUGAUGUCGUUCUUAUCCCUCAUGGAUUUUUCUUUAUCACAAACCUUUCCAUCAGUUGAAGAUAGUUUUCAUCCCGACAAACAGGUUCCAGUUCCAAACAUUGAUGGCUUUGGAAACUAUGAUCUCAGAAUAUGGGGUGCUCCAGGUUCCAAUAUUGCAAAUAGUACUGUCCUCAAUUUGUAUUUUAUUGACAGUGGAGACAGAGCCGUUGUUAAUGGGGUUCGAACUUAUGAUUGGAUCAAAGAAUCCCAACUUAAUUGGCUCCGUAAUGUUUCACAAAAACUCCAGGUGCAGGAAAUAAAGCAGGAUAGCGGUGAAUCAUCACUUGGAACGUCUCAAUAUUCAACUGCCGUUCCUUCAUUAACAUUCUUCCACAUUCCGAUUCCUGAAGUGAGACAAGGUCCUAUCUACAAUUUGGUUGGUCAUUAUCGAGAGUACGCAGCAUGUUCCCUUGUAAACUCUGGUGUGCUCAAGACGCUUGUAUCCAUGGGAGAUGUGAAGGCCGUGUUUAUAGGUCAUGAUCACACGAACGACUUCUGUGGGACUCUAGGAGGCUUAUGGUUUUGCUAUGGCGGAGGGUUUGGAUAUCACGGUUAUGGGGUCGCUGGGUGGGCGAGACGAGGCAGAGUCAUCUUGGCUGAACUCGAGAAGGGGGAGCAGUCGUGGGGCGGAGUGAAGAGGAUCAGGACGUGGAAAAGAAUCGACGACGAAGUGAUGAGCAAGAUCGACGAGCAAGUUCUUUGGGAGAGAGGAUGAUGGUGGAGGGUUUAGUCAAGCAAUGGUGACAAAUUCAACUGUGCUGAUUUGCAUGCUGCUAUUCUCAAUUCAAGCUGCAUUAAAUGGAACCACACUUCCAGGAAUUUUAGGAGUGCAUGUAAUAUAAUUUGGUCAGAUUUUUAAAAAAAAACAAAAAAAAAAACGAAUGUUAUGUGAAUCUGAUUGGGCAAGAUCUGUCAAAUAUUUGGAUUCAAGCACAUUACUAGCGUUCAAUUUUCAUACGUAUAUAUGUUGGUCUGUUUCAUAGUCUCA